AGUUGUGCCGGAGCACUUUAGGGAAGGGACCUGCGGAGUAAACAGUCGUUCGGCAGACGCCUGUGGAUGGUAUCGGAGGGGCCGGCCACUAUGAACCGCCUCCAAGACGACUAUGAUCCGUACGCAGUUGAGGAGCCUAGCGACGAGGAGCCGGCUUUGAGCAGUUCUGAAGAUGAGGUGGAUGUGCUUUUACAUGGGACUCCUGACCAAAAACGAAAACUUAUCAGAGAAUGCCUUACUGGGGAAAGUGAAUCCUCUAGUGAAGAUGAAUUUGAAAAAGAAAUGGAAGCUGAAUUAAAUUCUACCAUAAAAACAAUGGAGGACAAGUUAUCUUCUCUAGAAACAGGGUCUUCAGGAGAUGGGUUAGUUGGAACAGCUCCGACAAAGUACUAUGACAAUAUAUAUUUUGAUUCUGAUUCUGAAGAUGAAGACAAAGCAGCACAAGUGACCAAGAAAAAAAAGAAGAAACAACACAGAAUUCCAACAAAUGAUGAAUUACUAUAUGAUCCUGAAAAAGAUAACAGAGAUCAGGCCUGGGUUGAUGCACAGAGAAGAGGCUACCAUGGUUUUGGAAUACAGCGACCACGUCAACAACAGCAGCCUGUUCCGAAUAGCGAUGCUGUCUUGAAUUGCCCUGCCUGCAUGACUACACUAUGUCUUGAUUGCCAAAGGCAUGAAUCAUAUAAAACUCAAUACAGAGCAAUGUUUGUAAUGAAUUGUUCUGUCAACAAGGAAGAGAUUCUGAGAUACAAAGCCCCAGAGAACAGGAAGAAAAGGCGAGGCCAUAAGAAGAUGAGGUCUAACCAAGAAGGUGCUGCGGAGGAGGCAGAGACAGAUGUGGAAGAAAUCUAUCACCCAGUCAUGUGCACCGAAUGUUCCACUGAAGUGGCAGUCUAUGACAAGGAUGAAGUCUUUCAUUUUUUCAACGUUUUAGCAAGCCAUUCCUAAAUAGCCAAGUUGGCAUUUAAUUGUAUACAAGGCAAAUACUGUAUACAAGGCAAAUACACAGUUAUAUUCUUCCUGCCUGCUCAUCUCAAGUGACAUUCUGAGUGGUUAUUUGAGGAAGCAGUGUUUUAUCUUUAUCUUUUUGAAAGAAAAUGGUUAUCUGCUCUCAUCCCUCCACCUCCUUUAAAGAAAAAGAAAAUUUCCCCAGUUCUGAUGGUAUUCAUUUUUCAUUCCUUUUUUGGAUAGAUAUUUGGAAGCUGGGGCCUUUUAUUUAUUAAAGCUCUCUAGAAUUAAAAUGUUCUAGAGUUACAGGUAACUUUUGUUUCAGAGUA